AUGUCUUUAUUGACCUUUAUCGAUCAGGCUGACCCCGGCGAAGAGGGUUGGUUCAUCCAGCACAAGAUCUCUGAUCUGAUAUCUUUGUUGCUUGAGUCGAAAGAUGCCAGCGACAGUUUGCGCCGAGUCAAGCGCCUAAUCGAGCUCCUUCUGCUCUCCCAUCAUAUUGAUAAAGCUUAUAAACUCAUCAGCGCCUUGUACGAAUAUCACAGUCUUAUACUUGGCCCGUCUGCAUCGAGCAACCAAGAUGCCUUUCAACUGAGCAGUCGGCCUUUCGAUAAUUUUUGGGAGGCCCAUCCUACAUAUAAUAAUCCUUUUCGUGGCCAUAAAGAGAGCUCACGCACGGCGUUGGAUCGGAAAGAAAGGCUUGAAAGGCAACAAUGGCAUGAGUAUAGAGAAUGCACCCGCACUGGCUGGAUGCUUGAGCAUUGCAGCCUACCAGAGCCCGAGGAUGUACAUAUAUGGCGCGAGACUGACGACGAACCGACUAUCGCAAUGUGUGCGCGACUAUUGGCUAAGAGCAAGAUUCCAGGCCAAUACCCUACCCGAGAAAACAUGAAGGAAGCUCUUGCUGCGGCAAAGAAGCUUUAUGCGCAGCCUCAAGUUCCUAUCACCGAGUGGGAACACAAAUGGAACGGACAUCAAACCGUAAGGAGACAUUCUUACUUACUCUAUCGACGACUCGUAGUGGAGCUGGCGAUAAGACUAGGGAAAUUCGAUACUGCCGCCGAAAUUCUGUCCUUAGGACUUCGACUCGAUGGUUUCAACGACAUCGACGGGGGUCAAUUGGACCGGUAUUUAUUCCUGCCAGGAAUUUUCAAAGUAUUACCCCUUUUGGCUCAGAGUAAAAAGGAAGGGAAUCCAUUUUACAUGGAGGCAGAUGAAGCUGAUGUCAUGAUUGAACAAGUCAUAACGGCGUUGAAGAUGCGUGCCCAAAACGGGCGGCAAUGGUCACUUGCACCAGAAAGGGUUGGCUGGAAGGAGUUGCUUGAUAGACUUGCCAGAGCUGCAUGGAUAGUGAACAGCAAAGAGUAUCAAGAACUAGGUCUCACUUGUGCAGAAGAUAUCCUCUAUUCGCCGGCCACAGAGGAGGAUAUAUCAGAAGCUGAAGCUAAAGUUGGUGAGCUGCCAUCUGACUUUAAGGACAUGGUCCGUGUUGCAAACGGGUUUGAAGGAGGUUGGCAUUUUCUCAACGGUGGUAUUAACGGUCUCGAUGACAUUGACCUCGCCGAUGAUGACGUCGAAAACUAUACGUGGUUUCUUGGUGACCUAGACCAAGAUAUUUAUUCCAAAGUCAUUGCCCUUUCACCAGCAACCGAGUGCGAUGGAUUCAUGCAUUUUAUGAUCUCACCAGCACAUUGGCGAAAUCCAGAGAAUAGCAAUAGCGAGACUUUCAGUGACGGAGAAUAUCCGUACUGGCAAUGGGCUUCUUGGCAGGCUGGUGAAACUUCUUGGCAUAGCUUCCGUGAAUGGGUCGCUACUGAGGUUGAGCAACUUGAGAGGAUGGUGAAAAAGGGAAAGACGCUUGAUGAUGAUGAUGAUUGA